CAUCGCUUCCCACAUUCACCCCUUCUAUUUCGCUGUGCAUAUUGAUACACGCACAUUGAUUGCAUCUCAACCGCUCCCCGAAUUGGAAUCCCGCGAUAUCUCUUUGUGCAGCUGCCCGCCGACUCGACCACCCUCGACCAUGUCUGACCUCGACUACCUUCGCCGCAAGCCGUCUGCCCGGACCCCCGACCAGUCUGCACAGCGCACGCCAGUGAGGCUACCGAGCGAGCGGACCAGCAAUGGCACUGUCAGCUCCGUCAACACAUCCUCCACCGGACGCGAGUCCUACGGCACCUCUGGCACAAACAUCACCGAGCCUCCCGCGUACUCGAAGAAGCUUGUGGUGGUGGGCGACGGAGGCUGCGGCAAGACGUGUCUGCUGAUCAGCUACAGCUCUGGCAACUUCCCAGAGAAAUACGUUCCUACCGUCUUCGAGAACUACAUUACCCACACACCGCACCCGCCGACGGGGAAGAUGGUCGAGCUCGCGCUGUGGGACACUGCUGGCCAGGAAGAGUAUGACCGUCUACGACCGCUUUCCUACCCGGAAACCGACAUCCUGUUCGUCUGCUUCGCGAUUGACUGCCCGAACUCGCUCGAGAAUGUCUUGGACAAGUGGUAUCCCGAGGUUCUCCACUUCUGCCCGUCGACUCCGCUCAUGCUCCUCGGCCUCAAAUCCGACCUGCGACACAAGAAACACUGCAUCGAUCUCCUCAAGGCCCAAGGGCUUACUCCGGUGACACCUCAACAAGGCAGGGCGGUAGCCCAGAAGAUGGGCGCCCUCUACAUGGAGUGCAGCAGCAAAGAGCAGAAUGGCGUCGAGGAAAUCUUCGACCAAGCGGUGACAAUGGCAGUGGGUGACGAAUACAAGCCUGCGCCGGUCGCUGGAACACCCGCCUACGUGGCAGCUAAGAAGUCCAAGAAGUCGCGGAGUUGCAAAAUGCUCUGAUUCUGCUAGAUCUUUCUGGCCUUCUUUUUUUCGUUGUCCACUAUUGACGAUUCCAUUUCACGAUGCACAAUGCUAGGGUGAGCGAUCGAGGAGGGGUCAUGUUUCCGGUUUCUGUUUUCUGCAUAAUAGCCAGGGAUGGCGUCAUUGGAAACCAUACAUACUUAUGGGCGUUCUAGGGGAACUCGUGCACAAAAGGGGGAGACGGUGCGCUGUUUCUCCAGUCGAGGAGAGGGAAGCGCUCGACGUGCUGCCGUUCCUUUUGUAUUCGUAGGGCAUGGCGUCAUGACUUUACUGCAACGAUGUUCGAAUAUACACUCCGGCCGAAUGCAUCGUGACUCUGCGUGUGA